AUCGUUCCUCCCCCCCUGGUGUCUCGGUCGACCAGCCCACCCCCCAUCCUUUCCACAUACACCAGUCCCUCCGUGACUCCCCGGGCCCGUCACCAUGGCGCUCACGUCGCGUAUCUCCCUUGUCGGCCCGCCCGCCGAGUCCCCCGAAGACUUCCUCAUGACCUCCCUCGGCGUCAUCUUCCCCGACGACGUGACGAACCAGCACGGCGACGCUGACCACGGUAUCGAGUACGCUUCUCCGCAUCUCCGCAAGCCCCUGCUCUUCGAACUUGCUGAGCCCAGCGCCGAGGACGACCGCAAACUCUUCAGUCACUACCUCUGGAACGCCAGCCUACAGCUCGGCGAGUUCGUCGAGGCCGCCACCUUGGAGCUCAAUGACGCCAUCACGUCCUCUCUGGGCCCGCCCAUAAGCCACUUCGACGUUCGUGGCAAAACCACCCUCGAGUUGGGUGCGGGUACGGCCUUGCCGAGCAUCAUGUCCGCCCUCCUCGGCGCCGACCGCGUCGCUGUGACGGACUACCCAGCCCCCGCCGUGCUCAAGACCCUCCGCGCCAACGUUGUGCGCAACAUCGACCCGGCUGUCUCCCCUAAGAACGCCAUAGAGGCUCGUGAGGUGCUGGUCGAGGGCCACUCGUGGGGUGAGCUCGAAGACUCGUUCUCAGUCUCCAAUAAGCACGCUUUUGACCGCGUCUUCGUCGCCGACUGCCUGUGGAUGCCAUGGCAGCACACGAACUUGCACAAGUCGAUUGACUGGUUUCUCCGCAAUGAUAGCGAAGCUAGGUGCUGGGUCGUCGCCGGGUUCCAUACAGGUCGGCCCAAGAUGCGCGACUUCUUUGGGGAGGCGGCACUGGCUGAGGCCGGGCUUGAAAUCGAGACGAUUUGGGAACGAGACUGUGACGGUCAGGAAAGGGAAUGGGCCUGGGACAGAGGCUUCGAGGACCCGACCAUCCGGAAGAGAUGGCUCGUCUGCGCCGUGCUGAAGCGCAAGAUUGCUGCCGCCAGUGGUGUUGGUGAUGGUGGUGCUGCUGCUGCGUGAGCGUGAGACGACGGAUGUGCAUCCACUUAUAAACGACAGGCACAAGCUGAUGUGGAUUGCGUCGCUUGUUGGGCCGCAGCCCUAUUCCAAGACACGCAUGCGCCCGCGCAAUGCCGUGCCCACCGGUGCGGCUGAGCUGGGCAUUGGGUUUCUCACCCAUUCAGCCGUCCUCAGCUUGGCUACGCAUCCUAAU